AGGGAGAAUCUCGAGCAUAACUUCCGCUGAAUCGAGAAAGCGAAGAUGGGAGGAGGAAUGGAGACGAACAAGAACAAGUUCAUAGAGGAUUGGGGAUCCGCCAGGGAGAAUCUCGAGCAUAACUUCCGCUGGACGCGUCGCAACUUCGCUCUCAUCGGGAUCUUCGGCAUCGCUCUCCCCAUCAUUGUCUACAAGGGCAUCGUCAAAGAUUUCCAUAUGCAAGACGAAGAUGCAGGCAGACCACACAGAAAGUUCCUAUGAGGUUCUUUGCAACACAACCACUCUCUGCAUCUGUGAUAUUAUCAAGAAGCUGAUGCUACAACUUACCUUUUUGCAUUAUCUUCAGAAUAAAAAAAGGAACAUCUGAAGGAUUAUAAUUUGCGUUUCAAAGUUCCUCAUUUUUAACAUUUUGCAUUCUUGUUGGCAAACAAAAAGAAACGUUAGUUUGCCAAUUUUGACAUUACCUUGGAUCUCAAUUUAGAAAGCUAUUAUCGUUUUGUAGAUCUGCUUGCUUAGAUCUUAAACACUAUGGUGAAAGAGGAAUAAGAUCAUACUCUCAAUUU